AAACCACAGGAUUUCCCAAUUCUGUAAACUUUGCCCCCGCAGACCGAGUCAGUAAAUGUACCUGUCAGAGCUGUUUGUGUUCUCAUUCCUGGGGCAGACAAACCCUAAUUUAGUGGCCAUGGCUUUAACGGCAGCACUGACGUGGCUCUGCUCACUUGCAGUAUUUUACUCCUGUGCAGCUCAAGAAACUUUAUCUCAAGACUGCAGCUCACAAAAUGAACGCUGGGAACGUUUGUCAGCUGAUCUCAAGGCGGCAGUAAUGUGUGGUGAAAACCCACCGUCUUCUUGGAGCGCACAGCGGACAGCUGCACUGGAGAGCUACAUGAGGAAUCUGAUGGAUACUCUGCACAAACACCAGCUGAAAGAUUGCCAAGGAUCUGAGCCAAUAAAAUGCAAAGAAGCUGAAGUGCCAGAGAAUGGGGGGCUGGCAUGUGUUACUGUUGCCAACAAGCGUUACUGCAAACCCAUGUGCAACUAUGGUUAUGAUUUUGGAUUCAUGAGAAGAAGUCGUGUUUUUGAUGAAUGCAGCGAGCAAACAGGAUAUCAGUGGCAGAGCCAGUACGUAGGAGGAAACAAUCUGGCUGUGUGCAACAAAGCAUCUGUUCAAGUUUCAGGAGCAACAACCGCGUAUUUUCCAAAAGAUCGGGACUGUCUGACAACCAAGAGCAGCCUGCAGCUGCAGAAUCACACCCUCGAAACUUUUACUGCCGAGCUGAAGAAUCAAGGCAUACAAGGAGAGGCGGGGCAUGACUGUCUUGUAUGUGGCUGAGCAUCGUGGAAUGGGGUGGGGGGGUAACCAUGUCAUGAAAGAUGAGUUAUGACGGUACCUCCUGUUCCAGUAAUAAAGUUUCAAUAAACACCUGAAGCUG